GUGCAUCUCGAAGGCUUCGCCCUGAAGAAGGCAGCCAUGACAGCCUUGGCAACUUUGGCAGCCUUCAGCCUUUCAAUUUCAAACCUCCUUCAACUAUAGAGAGGAGAGUACUCAACAAUCUUUAUUUUCAACGAAUGUUGAGUUUCAUCACUUCCUUCAGCCCUCAUAUCAGAUGGCCACCUCCAACAAUAUAGAUCUCAAGGAUGCAAAGCCUCACUCUGAGAACGGCAGCUCUGAAGGGCAAUUCGAAUCAUUCAUCCUCCCAGACUUCAGUCCUCCAGUCACAGUCACGCUAGCAGGAGAUCUCGAUGAAAAAUUCAACAAGCAGAUGCUAGGGACCUACGAACCAUUCGUCGAAUGGGUCCAACAACUCAAGAAAUCCCUAGAUUUGCAAAGAAAAGAAGAAGAUGACCCCGAAAAGAGACAUCCAUUUCACGACGAUCCAUAUGAGCUCAAAAGCAUCCACAUCCAAGCAGUUGAUUUCUUCGGAUCCCGCAUCGGCUUCCUGAAAUACAAAGCCAUCAUCCAAAACAAAAAAGGCAACAAAGGAAAGCCGAUGCAACUUCCUGGGUCGAUAUUCAUGCGUGGUGGGAGCGUGGGUAUGCUUAUGAUUCUUCGACCGAAGGAUACCAGCGACGAGAAAUGGGUCAUCAUGACAGAACAAGCCCGCAUCCCGGCCGGCAGUCUUUCAUUCCUCGAAAUUCCAGCUGGGAUGAUUGAUGAUCGAACGAAAGACUUCAAGGGGGCUGCGGCGAAUGAGAUUGAAGAAGAAACAGGCUUGAAGAUCAAUCGCGACCACUUGCUGGACAUGACGGAAUUGGCACUUCGAGGCUCGCCGAAUCCAGAAGGUUUGAAGGCCGCUAUGUAUCCUAGCCCAGGCGGCUCGGAUGAAUAUAUUGCGCUGUUUUUGUGGGAGCAGGAGAUGGAACGGUUGGAGAUUGAGAGCCUAAGGGAAAAGUUGACUGGGAACAAGAAGCAGGGAGAGAUGAUCACGCUGAAGUUGAUACCUUAUGGGGAUCUGUGGAAGGUGGCUACCAGGGAUGCAAAGAUGAUGGUUGCGUGGGCUCUUUAUGAGAGUUUGAAAAGGGCGGGUAUCUUGGAUGAUCUCGGCAAUCUCGUUGAUGAUGGUGCUGGAGGUAUGGCGUCCUGAUCACGAUAUGGUGGACUGCGUUGACUGGUCAGUGCCCAGCAAGCCAGCAGGUAUGACGCUAAGGAAUAAAAGAUAUACGAAUCAUGAUCCGACGGACUCCAAGGAAAGAAGUAGCAGCAAGUCGAGGAAGAAGCAGAGAGUGUGAAAGAGUGAGAAUGACCCUUCGAUUUUCUGUUUGCCUAGAUGUUAUCCUUUCUGUCGAUCAAAUUGUCAGGUUUAUAGAAAGUCUUGGAGUUGUGGAACGUUCAGCAGCGUUGUCUUGGAAAGCUUGG